GUGUGAAGCCAGCUUAAACUUUGAAUCAGAACUUUAUCUCUAAGUUAGCAUGUGUUUAAGGCGACGAGGUGUGUGUGUGGGUACAGACAGAGACCUUGAGAGUGAGAGUGCUUUGCUGCAUGUGUGUGUGUGCGCUCUUUGUGCGUGUGCUCUGGUGACGACAGAUCUGCAGGUCGGGGGGGUGUGACGCUCUGUGUUAGGGGAGUAUCCUGAGUCAUUCACUCAGACUCUCACACACACAGGAGGUUUAACUCACACACACAGAGGCAGAGACGAGACGACAGAGAGAGAUCAGGUGACAAUAAAGGAGCUGUAAACCAAGAAAACUAAAUACGGAAAGAUGACCAUUGGGAAGAACUCCAGGAAAAACUCUGCCCGCUGCUCCACCCGGGCCCCUAAGUUCCUGGACAAAUCCAGUGGCUUCUACGUCCGCCUGGAUGAACCUGAGGCCACUGGAGAAGGGGAAGAGGUGAGGGGAAAAGAAGAGGAGAAGACAGGGGACACAAACAGACAGGGUGGUGUCGUGAGCAGCCCAAUUGUGGUGCUCAAUUCUGAGAAGUAUGAAGUGGAGGCGUUUGACCACAAUGAAGGGAUGAUCGAAGACGACGGGGAGACUCUCCUCCAGAGGAAACACAGCCGCCGCAGCAACAGGUGGAGGAGAAGCUCCAGGAGGAAGCAGAAGGAGGGGAGAGUGGAGCAGGACGCAGCCCAGGAUGACAUGCCGAGCCCGGGGUCGGAAAGUCCAGAUACCAGGGUGAUGAUCGAGGUGGAGAUGGAGAAAGUCAAGAAGUUGGAGGAGAAGACGGGAAAUAGGAUGGAGUCCACAAUGGUCCAUUUCCCCGUCCGGGAGGAUGAGGACGACCAGGUCCUGAUCACAGACAAGAAGAGGGGGAGGGAGGAGGAGGGAGAGGAGGAGAGGAGGAUGAAGAAAGAGCAAGAAGAGGGGCUGAAGGUGAUAAAGAGGAACACGGUGAAGAAUUAUCGCAAGGCUUUGGACCAAGCGUUUCGCCGCGGCUGGGAGGCCUUCAUCACCAACCUGUACAGCAUCACCCUCACACCUGUGACAUCAUCCUCACCCACAUCUUCCUCAUCACCCUCAUCCAAGAAGAAACAUCAACACAAAUCUGUGCUGGCCGAGUUUCAGUAGAACUUGGGAGAGACAUGGACAAUAAAACCCAAUAUUUAGCAAUUCAAAUUGUGAUUCUGCAGUUUUACGAUGGACAAUCCUUCCUGUGUGUCAUCACAGGCUUUAUAGUCUCAUGAGUCAUACCAAAACAUAAGUUAUUACCAAGUCUUAAUCACUUUAGUUUACUGCGGAUUACGAGACCUUUCUGGGCCUUUUUGCAGUUGUUUUAUGUCAAUUUGUGGUCAUUUUGAAGUGUCUCUCUCUGCAAGUGAAGGUGAGGAGGGCCCCUGAUUAAGUUUUACGUGAUGAUGUGAGGAGGCCAUGCUAUUGAUUUUAUAUUGAAGUCUAUGGGACCGGCUUGAAUGUAAAAAGCCUGUUUUUAUUUGACUGAGUUCAGCUGGUUCUCCUCUAUGUUUCAAAUCACACCUUCGCUCCUUCGUUUCAGGUCCACUAUUUCGAGCUUUUAGCACGAUUAAUCUUCUUUCCUUCCUUUGGUUUAGCACAAUGAAACUACGAAAGUGUUGACGUGAAACCAAAGGGAAGGACGUUUUCAACCGUGUAGCAAUGACGGAUCAGUGGACUUUGGAGAUAUUCACAUUUCUGUCUGUUAAUCAUUGCCAUUUAUUGCUGUUCCAGAGCUAAUCAUUAAUGACAGUAUGGCAAACACACAGAGCUGAUGAUUAUUUAGACGGUUUGGUAAUGAUUAACCACAUUUAUGUUAUUAUUUUUGUAGGUAUUGCAUUUUCUUUAACCAAAGUUAAUGACAUUUAGACACGGACCCCUGUUAAAAUAUAGGUUAUUGUAUUUCAUGGGCACUGAACUACACAAGUGUUUGACUUCCCCACUGUUUGUUCUGGUGAAGGUUAUUAACCUGAAGGGACAAGGCAGGGAAGUGUUUGAAAGAAACGCUUGUAUAAUUUAUAGCUUGGUUAUAAAUCCCCAUAACUUUUAUUGUUACCAUUGCACAUAAAGUAUGUGAUAUGUGUUUUAAUAGAUUAAACACCACUCAUUUUUUAUUGUAUUCUUGAUUCCCAUUGUCAAAAUGAAAUGUUUACAAUAAGCCUGUGUUAAUUUCCUGUUAUACAGUAGUGUAUGGAUGUCAUGUACUCUUGCAGACUAGACUGAAAAAGUUGAAUGUACAUUUUUGUAUUUCUUUGGUAUUGUAAUCAAUGCUUCUGCAGUCCGGAACCAGCAACAAGAAGCGCUUUUCCUGAGUAAAUAAAGUUUUAAUUUAUUAUA